UCUGCAAAGGAGCUGUGUAAGAGGGGUGGGACGGAGAUGGCACCCAGGAUCUCUGGGGCACUUGCUCCUUUCUGAGCCAGACAAGGGUCAGGAGCUGGACUGGGACCAGAACACCAGCAAGGCGUCAGAGAAUGUUCUCUAAAUAAAACCAUGGCUCUUAAGAAAACUAACCACCUUCUCAUCUUCUACCUCAGUUUCUCACUGUUCAUCUACAUAAAGAAUUCUUUUUGCAAUAAAAACAACACCAGGUGCCUGUCAAAUUCUUGCCAAAACAAUUCUGCAUGCAAAGGUUUUUCACAAGACAGCAAUUGCCAUUGUUCAGACAUAACCAAUAAUUUGGACAAAGACUGUGACAAUAUGAGAGAUCCUUGUUUCUCCAGUCCCUGUCAAGGAAGUGCCACUUGUGUGAACACCCCAGGAAAAAGGAGCUUUCAGUGCCAAUGUCCUCCUGGGUAUAGUGGGAUCACCUGUGAAAUUACCACUGGUUCCUGUGGUAUGAACUCCUGCCAACAUGGUGGUAUUUGCCACCAAGACCCUGUCGACCCUGUCUGCAUCUGCCCUGCUGGAUACACUGGAAGAUUCUGUGAAAUAGAUCACAAUGAUUGUGCUUCCAGCCCUUGCCACAAUGGGGCUGUGUGCCAGGAUGGCAUCAAUGGCUAUUCCUGCUUUUGUGUCCCAGGAUAUCAAGGAAGGCACUGUGACUUGGAAGUGAAUGAAUGUGUUUCAGAUCCCUGCAAGAAUGGGGCUACAUGUCUCAAUGAGAUAGGAAGAUACACUUGUAUCUGUCCUCAAUAUUAUUCUGGUGUGAACUGUGAAUUGGAAAUUGAUGAAUGUUGGUCCCAGCCCUGUCUAAAUGGUGCAACUUGUCAGGAUGCUCUGGGAGCAUAUUUCUGUGACUGUGCCCCUGGGUUUCUAGGGGACCACUGUGAGCUCAACUUUGAUGAGUGUGCGAGUCAGCCGUGUCUCCAUGGAGGGCUGUGCAUGGAUGGAGGAAACAGAUAUAGCUGUAACUGCACAGGUAGUGGAUUCACAGGGACACAUUGUGAGACCUUGAUGCCUCUUUGUUGGUCAAAACCUUGUCACCAUAAUGCUACCUGUGAGGACAGUGUUGACAAUUACAUUUGUCACUGCUGGCCUGGAUACACAGGUGCCCAGUGUGAGAUGGACAUCAACGAAUGCGAGAGUAACCCCUGCCAGUCCGAUGGGGAAUGCAUAGAGCUGUCCUCAGAGAAACAAUAUGGUCGUAUUGCUGGGCUGCCUUCUUCAUUCAGCUACCUUGAAGCCUCGGGCUACGUUUGUAUCUGUCAGCCUGGAUUCACAGGAAUUCAUUGUGAAGAAGACAUCGAUGAAUGUUCAUCAAACCCUUGCCAAAAUGGUGGUACUUGUGAGAACUUGCCUGGGAAUUAUACUUGCCAUUGCCCAUUUGACAACAUUUCUGGAACAUUUUAUGGAGGAGAGAACUGUUCUGACAUUCUUCUGGGCUGCACCCAUCACCAAUGUCUAAACAAUGGAGUAUGCAUACCUCACUUCCAAAAUGACCAACAUGGAUUCAGCUGCCUAUGUCCACCUGGAUAUACUGGAUCAUUGUGUGAAACUGUCACCACACUUUCAUUUGAGGGCAAUGGCUUUCUAUGGGUCACAAGUAGCCCACAUACAACCAAGGACUCAGUUUGUAACAUAGCCUUCAGGUUUCAGACUGUUCAGCCAACAGCACUUCUACUUUUCCAAGGGAACAGGGACACAUUUGUAAAGAUGGAGUUGCUAAGUGGCUACAUUCACUUAUCAAUUCAAGUUCAUAAUCAGUCAAAAGUGCUUCUGUACAUUUCCCACAACACCAGCGAUGGAGAGUGGCAUUCAGUGGAGGUAAUAUUUGCAGAGACCGUGACCCUUACCUUAGCCAGCAGCUCUUGUACAGAGAAAUGCAUCGCUAAAGCUCCUUCUCCAUUUGAAAGGACUCAAUCAAUAUGUGCUUUUCAAAACUCUUUUUUGGGUGGUUUACCUGUGGGAUCAGCCAGCAAUGCAGUCACUCUGCUUAACAUCUAUAAUAUCCCAUCCACACCUUCGUUUGUAGGCUGUCUCCAAGACAUUAAAUUUGAUUUGAAUCCCAUUACCUGGGAGAACAUUUCAUCUGGCUUGUCAUUAAAUGUCAAGGCAGGCUGCAUGAGGAAGGAUUGGUGUGAGAGUCAACCUUGUCAGAAUAGAGGACGCUGCAUCAACUUGUGGCUCAGCUACCAGUGUGACUGCUACAGGCCCUAUGAAGGUCCCAACUGUCUGAGAGAGUAUGUGGCAGGCAGAUUUGGCCAGGAUGACUCCACUGGAUAUGCUGUCUUUAAUCUUGACAGGAGUUAUGGACAGAACUUCAGCCUCUCCAUGUUUGUCCGAACAAAUCGACCGUCAGGCUUACUUCUAACUUUGAAAAACAGCACUUACCAGUAUAUUCGUGUCUGGCUAGAGCAUGGAAGAUUAGCACUGCUGACUCCAAGCUCUCCUAAAUUCACAGUAGAAUUUGUUCUUAGUGAUGGAAAUGUCCACUUAGUGACUUUGAAAAUCAAGCCAAAUAAAAUUGAAUUGUAUCAAUCUUCACAAAACCUUGGAUUUAUUUCUGCUCCCACAUGGAAAAUCCAGAGAGGAGAUGUCAUCUACAUUGGUGGCCUGCCUGACAAGAAAGAGACUCAAAUUUAUGGUGGCUUCUUCAAAGGCUGUAUCCAAGAUGUAAGAUUAAAUAACCAAAAUCUGGAAUUCUUUCCAAAUUCCACAAACAGUCCAUCCCACAGUCCAAUUCUUGUCAAUGUGACUCAAGGCUGUCUGGGAGACAACAUCUGCAAGACCAAUCCCUGUCACAACGGAGGCAUUUGUUAUUCCCUGUGGGAUGACUUCUCCUGCUCCUGCCCUGCAAAUACAGCUGGGAAAGCCUGUGAAGAAGUUCGGUGGUGUGAACUCAGCCCCUGCCCUCCCAGUGCCCAGUGCCGGUUGGUGCCCAAAGGAUUCGAAUGUAUUGCAAAUGCUGUUUUUAACGGACAAAGCAGUGAAAUAUUGUUCAGAAGUAAUGGGAACAUUACCAGAGAACUCACCAAUAUCACAUUUGGAUUCAGAACAAAAGAUGCAAAUGUGAUAAUAUUGCACGCAGAAAAAGAGCCUGAGUUUCUUAAUAUUAGCAUUCAAGAGUCCAGAUUAUUCUUUCAAUUGCGAAGUGGCAACAGCUUUUAUGUGCUGCAUCUUACAAGUCUGCAGUCAGUGAAUGAUGGCACAUGGCACCAAGUGGCUCUUUCCAUGAUAGACCCACUGGCCCAGGCCUCCAGGUGGCAAAUGGAAGUGGACCAUCAAACACCUUUCGUGACCAGUGCAAUCGCUACUGGAAACCUUAACUUUUUGAAGGACAAUACAGACAUUUAUGUGGGUGACAGAGCUCUUAACAAUAGGAAGGGCCUGCAAGGGUGUCUAAGUACAAUAGAAAUAGGAGGCAUUUAUCUCUCUUACUUUGAAAAUACUCAUGGUUUCACUAAUAAACCUCAGGAAGAGCAGUUUCUUAAAAUCUCUACAAAUUCAGUGGCUACUGGCUGUUUACAAUUAAAUGUCUGCAACUCCAACCCCUGUUUGCAUGGAGGAAAUUGUGAAGACAUCUAUAGCUCUUAUCACUGUUCCUGUCCCUUGGGAUGGUCAGGGACACACUGUGAACUCAACAUUGAUGAAUGCUUUUCAGACCCCUGUAUCCAUGGCAACUGCUCUGACAGAGUCGCAGCCUACCACUGCAGGUGUGAGCCUGGAUACACUGGUGUGAACUGUGAAAUGGAGAUAGACAAUUGCCAGAAUCACCAAUGUGCAAAUGGGGCCACCUGCAUUAGUGAGACUAAUGGCUAUUCUUGCCUCUGUUUUGGAAAUUUUACGGGAAAAUUUUGCAGAUACAGAAGAUUACCCUCAACAGUCUGUGGGAAUGAACAGACAAAUCUCACUUGCUACAAUGGAGGCAACUGCACAGAGUUUCAGACUGAAUUAAAAUGUAUGUGCCGGCCAGGUUUUACCGGAGAACGGUGUGAAAAGGACAUUGAUGAGUGCGCCUCCAAUCCCUGCUUCAACGGAGGCCUGUGCCAGGACCUACUCGACAAAUUCCAGUGCCUCUGCGAUGUCGCCUUCGCUGGGGAGCGCUGCGAGCUGGACUUGGCAGAUGACUUGAUCUCAGACAUUUUCACUGCCAUUGGCUCCGUGACGUUAGCCCUAUUAUUCAUCCUCUUGCUGGCUGUUGCUGCUUCUAUUAUUGCCUCCAAAAAAAGGGCAACUCAGGGAACCUACAGCCCCUGCCGCCAAGAGAAGGAAGGCUCUCGAGUGGAAAUGUGGAGCAUGAGGCAGCCCCCCACGUUGGAGAGGUUGAUUUAGAAGCAUGGUGCCCCUUUGAGAAAAGGGUCGGCUCACGGUGAACUGAUGAUUGGACUUGAGUGAUUUUUUGGACAUACCUGGAGACACUAAUUCAACUUGGAUUGCACUGGAACUGUGAGAAGGAUAAUUUUGAUCUCCUUAAAGAUUUUCAUAGUGGUUUGACUUGACACCAUUGUUUUUUUUUAUAUUAACCAAUUAUUAAACUAUGUCUGCACCAUUAAUUUCAGCCACAUGUAUAGCAAAAACAUCUUCCAG